AUGCUGACUGUAGGCCGCUUUACCAGUCGUUCCUACAUUAUUCACUCGCGAGGCAGCCGGACUCUGCUGGAUUUCCAACAGAAACAGGGCGCGAUGGAAAACGGCACAAAUUCGUUCCCGCAGAGCAAGUCUGCUCCGGCCCUAUCCGAGGAAACUGUCUCUGCUCCUCUUUCUCCAGACCUCCUUGCGACCGACGAAGAUGGCAUCUCGGCUCUUAUCGAGGGCUCUGCGUCGCCCACCUCAACGCCUGGAAGGCUGUCGCGGAAUCCCUCGUUCUCGAAUAGCAGCUCGUUCCAGGAAGAUUGGGAGACUUUCCCGCCGUUGGACAGGCUGACCUUUUUUGAAUUGUUGGACACCUUUUCGUUUUCCCAGAAGCUCGAGAAAUGGAACCAGACGCUGCAUAUGCAACGGGACCGAGUACGCCGUCAGCGUCAGAAGCUAAGAUCUGUUUCUGGCUUAGCGAAGGAUCGCGUGGUGGAUGAAUGGAGGAAACGAGUUCCGACUGCUGAUGAGCAGCUGGAGAAGUAUCGACAUAGCAUGCGGCACUCGGUCGAUCGAUUAACAAAGCAAUGGAACGCAAUAGCAACAGUCACCCUUCGAGAAAAAAUAUCGUUCAUUGCCGGUGUCAUGAACAUUUUCAUCAGUGGGUACAUUAUGGGAGCAUGUCCCGAGUACUUUUACUGGUGGUACACUGCUCAGCUUGCCUACUUCAUGCCUAUCCGUCUCUACUCAUACCACAAACGUGGCUACCACUACUUUCUGGCCGACCUGUGUUACUUUGUGAAUUUUUUGGCCAUGUUGAGCAUUUGGGUUUUCCCGCAAUCGAAGCGACUUCUGAUCGGAACGUACUGCCUGUCUUAUGGAAACAAUGCCGUCGCCAUCGCUAUGUGGCGCAACUCCUUGGUAUUUCAUAGCAUGGACAAAGUUGUUAGUCAGCCAGGCGCGCCUGAGCAUUUUACCCUUCCAGCAAUGAUGUUCUGGGCUUCUAUUCCAUAUGCAGUCUGGCAGUUAUCCUACCAUCGAAUGAUUACCGUUCGUCGCGCGGAGAAGAUUGCCGCGGGCCGGCCUACCAGCUUCACUUGGCUCCGACGUUCUUACGCCAAAACCUGGAUCGGUAAAGUUGUGCUUAGUCUGCCUGAGAUCCUUCAGGAGCCGGCAUUCAUGUUGAUUCAGUAUCUGUACGCGCUUUUGACGAUGAUCCCAUGCCCUCUUUGGUUUUGGUACCGCUGGGCUAGCUCUGUUUUCAUGGUGGUUGUGUUUAUUUGGAGCAUUCACAACGGAGCGGCUUACUACAUCGAUGUUUUCGGAAAGCGUUUCCAGAAAGAGUUGGAACAGUUGAAAAAGGAUGUUGCCAAAUGGCAAGCUAGCCCAGAUUAUACUACUAGUCCGCUUCUUACACCUGGGCUCCCCGCACUCGCAACGGACCAGGGCUCCCGCUUGCUGAACGAUCUGGCUACCACGCCAGCAGAGGAAGCGGACAAAACCAGCCUGGAGCGCAUCCCAACUCUUGAUGCCCUGUCUGAAACCACCGGUAUUCAGACUCGUGCACCCGAUACAGCCUCUGAAUUGCGGGAUCGAACCGCAUAG